CAGGAGUUUCGUGUGGGAGGGGAAAGUCUUGGACGGCUUCAGCCGCCUCCCACUUCCAUCUCAUCCGCUGAAGAGAGUGCGUUUGCCGGUCUCGCAGUCGGCGUAAACACGCUGUUUUACCCGUAAAUCGCUGCGCGGAGAUACCCUGCAGACCUCUAGAGGAAGGAGCCGGUACGGGACAGAAGAACGAACCGUAAGAAGUGCGAGGAACCGGGAGCAUGAUCGCCUCGCAUCUCUUGGCGUACUACUUCACGGAGCUCCACCAUGACCAGGCGCAAAAGGUGGACAAGUACCUGUACCAUAUGCGUCUGUCGGACGAGACCCUGAUGGACGUGUCCAAGCGCUUCCGGCGGGAGAUGGACCGGGGCCUCUGCCGGGACACCAACCCCACAGCCUCCGUCAAGAUGCUACCCACCUUUGUGCGGUCUACACCUGAUGGGACAGAGAAGGGGGACUUCCUGGCCCUGGACCUGGGGGGCACCAACUUCCGGGUGCUGCUGGUGAAAGUGUCCGAUAAUGGACGGCAGAAGGUGGAAAUGGAAAACCAGAUAUAUGCCAUUCCUGAGCACCUGAUGAGGGGCAGUGGAACUCAGCUGUUUGACCACAUCGCUGAGUGUCUCGCCAACUUCAUGGAGAAGCUGGGGAUCAAGGACCGGAAGCUGCCGCUGGGCUUCACUUUCUCCUUCCCCUGUCGCCAGACGAAGCUCGACGAGAGCCUCCUGGUGAGCUGGACCAAGGGAUUCAAGUGUAGCAGCGUGGAAGGCCACGACGUGGUGGCCCUGCUGAGAAAGGCCAUAAGGAAGAGGGGGGAUUUUGACAUUGACAUCGUGGCUGUGAUCAACGACACGGUCGGCACCAUGAUGACAUGCGGAUACGACGACCACAACUGUGAAGUUGGCCUCAUCGUCGGCACGGGUACCAACGCCUGUUACAUGGAGGAGAUGCGUCACCUGGAGACGGUGGAGGGAGACGAGGGCCGUAUGUGUGUCAACAUGGAGUGGGGCGCCUUCGGGGACAAUGGGGAGCUGGAGGAUCUUCGGACGGAGUUCGACAGGGAGAUUGAUUGUGGCUCACUCAACCCCGGGAAGCAACUCUUUGAGAAGAUGAUCAGUGGGAUGUACAUGGGCGAGCUGGUGCGGCUCAUCCUAGUGAAGAUGGCCAAAGAGGGUUAUGUCUUCCAGGGCCGCGUGACGUCCGGCCUGCUCACCACCGGACACUUCCAGACCUCCUUCGUGUCGGCCAUCGAGAAGGAGAGGAACAACGAGGGCCUGCUCAGUGCUGAUAAGGUUCUCCGGGAACUGGGCCUGGACCCCUCGCCUGAGGACUGUGCCGCCACGCAGCGGGUGUGUCAGGUGGUGUCCACACGUGCCGCGCAUCUCUGUGCUGCCACUCUGGCUUCUGUGCUGCGUCAGAUCCGUGACAACAAAGCUACCGACCGCAUGCGCACCACUGUGGGAGUGGACGGCUCGGUAUACAAGAACCACCCACAGUUUGCCCGAAGACUGCACAAGAUGGUGCGCCGGCUGGUUCCAGACUGCGAUGUGCGCUUCCUGCGCUCUGAGGACGGCAGUGGGAAGGGUGCCGCCAUGGUGACGGCGGUGGCGUACCGGCUGGCCAUGCAGCACGCGGAGCGCCAGCGCAUCCUGGACUCGCUGCGGCUGAGCCGCGAGCAGCUGCUGGAGGUGAAGAAGAGGAUGAGUGAGCAGAUGGCCAAGGGCCUGUCCCAGGAGACGCAUGCCACUGCCAGUGUCCGCAUGCUGCCCACCUUUGUCAGGGCCACCCCUGAUGGCACAGAGCGCGGUGACUUCCUGGCAUUGGACCUGGGGGGCACCAACUUCCGCGUGCUGCUGGUGCGUGUACGGAACGGGAAGCGGCGCAGCGUGGAGAUGCACAACAAGAUCUACAGCAUCCCCCAGGACGUCAUGCAGGGCACCGGGGACGAGCUGUUCGACCACAUCGUACACUGCAUCGGCGACUUCCUGGAGUACAUGGGCAUGAAAGGCGCCUCCCUGCCUCUCGGCUUCACCUUCUCCUUCCCCUGCCACCAGAAGAAGCUGGACCAGGGCAUCCUGCUGAAGUGGACGAAGGGCUUCAAGGCCACAGGGUGCGAGGGGGAGGAUGUGGUGCAACUGCUGAAGGACGCCAUCCAUCGGCAGGAGGAGUUUGACCUGGACGUGGUGGCUGUGGUCAACGACACCGUUGGCACCAUGAUGACGUGUGGCUACGAGGACCCGCAGUGUGAAGUUGGCCUCAUUGUCGGCACGGGCACCAACGCCUGCUAUAUGGAGGAGAUGGGGAAUGUGGAACUGGUGGAGGGAGACGAGGGCCGUAUGUGCAUCAACAUGGAGUGGGGCGCCUUUGGUGACUCCGGGGAGCUGGAUGAUUUCUGCACGGAUUUUGACCACGCGGUGGACAACAACUCUGCCAACCCGGGCAAGCAGAGGUACGAGAAGAUGAUCAGUGGGAUGUACCUGGGAGAGAUCGUGAGGAACGUUCUGCUGGACUUCACUUCCAAAGGGCUGUUGUUCCGGGGCAGGCUGUCCGAGAGGCUGAAGACGCGGGGCAUCUUCGAGACGCGCUUUCUGUCUCAGAUCGAGAGCGACCGGCUGGCUCUCCGCCAGGUGCGCUCCAUCCUGCAGCACCUGGGCCUCACCAGCAGUACGUGUGAUGACAGCAUCCUGGUGAAGGAGGUGUGCACCGUGGUGGCCCGUCGGGCAGCCCAGCUGUGUGGUGCCGGCCUCGCCGCCGUAGUGGAUAAGAUCCGGGAGAACCGCAGCCUGCCUCACCUCAGCAUCACUGUCGGAGUGGACGGGACGCUCUACAAGCUCCACCCUCAUUUCUCCAGCGUCAUGCGUGAGACAUUGCGAGAGCUGGCUCCCCAGUGCGACGUCACCCUUCUCCAAUCAGAGGACGGCAGCGGCAAAGGGGCGGCCCUCAUCACGGCAGUGGCCUGUCGUAUCCGGGACGCCGGGCAGCACUGAGACUCCGCGGGGAACACACACACUCGCUGACUGAUCUCCAGAGAUUAUCAUCUUUAUUUUUAUUUGGCUGUUGCAUUUGCUGUUCCACAUUGGUAAACCAAGAAGUUCUGAUACCCAUUCAAUGGUUGGCUGUCUUUUGUUUUCGUUUCUUUGUUUAAUAUGUUCUAAGUCUGUAAGUCUACCAAGGACUGAGUGAGACUGUGUCUGUAUUCUGUACAAACAUGAAGGAGGAUCAUAUUUGGUUGAGUAUUUAUUGUAGGGGGGGGGGGGAG